AUGGCUGUUCGCCCUGCUCGAUCGCUGCUCCAUCCGUUCCCAGAACCACUGCCCCCUUAUACUCCACGCCAAACCGGCACCUUCGAUACAGAGACCUCCUCCAUCCAUUCCAAUGCCCCUUCUUAUGUCUCCGCGGCCCCAUCUUACCAUUCUGGUCCUUACCAUUCGAACAACAGAGGGAAUGAAUCUGCUACAGUAGUUAAUAAUGAUAAUUUUGCGAGGACAAACAACGAACCCUCCUCCACCUCGGUAGCCUCUGAAUCUGGAUCCGGAUCCGGACUCCUUUCUUCCCAGCAGUAUGCGCCUGGUUUCAGAGGCACGCCAGCAAGUUCCUCGUUGGGCAGCGGCCUGGGUCGGACGGGUAAGCUGACGACUUCUCAUCUACAAUCUCUAUACAAUGCCUCAGACUGGGUCCCGGUGGCCGGAGGACUACAGGCACGUCAUUAUCACAACGUCGCAAGACGGAGGGCAUCUCAGGCUUCUCAAUACGACAACCUGGCUCGAUCUACAUUGUCUUUAUUCCAGGGACUAUCUGAGGCUAUGAAUUCAAUUGACAUGAGUGAAAUCGAUUCCACAUCCUCUGCUCUGCGGUCCUCGCCUACCGCAAAUGCCAUCAGGGCAAGCCAUAACAUCCGGCGUUCUUCACCCAGUAUUUUGGGAAGUUUACUCGAAGAGAGCGUUGUCCAUCCUCGUUCACAGUCCCCCCAACUUAUGACGUCUGGAAGGAACGCAAGCCAGACGGACCUAGCUGAAUUGCCCGUUUCUCCACAUGAAGAUCCCGACCUCGUCGGUGAGGCCGCAGCAGCAAUGUUUCGUUCGCAACGUCUCUACAUUACCCACCAGCAACUAGAGAACUACAGCGUCGAGGCCCUAAGCAUCAAUCCGCUCACAGGUCGUCCGCACCAACUGCCCGUGACGGGGCGUCCGCUCCGAUAUAGCUCCCUCAUCACCCCACGCCCUGCAGGGCUAUCUACUCAUGCAGCAUCCCCAGAGGGACAGGACAGCAGACCAUCAACAGCCCCCAGCGCAACUACCGCGACUGGCACUGCUCAGACAGAGUACGGCGAAUUCUCCACCCCGCAGCUCGAUCGUCAAAUGACAGUCGUGCCACAGCAGCGUUCCGCAUCACACAUCCAAUUAGACGACGACGCCCUGUGCGCCCAGGAGUCGAAGACAUGGGACUUCAUGCUUGCGCAGAUGGCAGAUUGGGAGGAGCGGGAGCGUAGCUGGAAGAAAUUCAAGGACGAUAUGGAUAAGAAGUUGAGUUCUAGUAAGCUGGGAAUGGGGCUGGGAUGGGGCUCCUGGUCACUGUCUACGGGGGGGAAGGUAAAAUUGAAGAAAGCGCAGUUUGGCCAUGAGAAGAAGUGGAAGAGGAAGGUUGGGUUGGCGUCUUGA